AUGUCGCUCGCUGCUACCCUCGCCGCCAGUGGCAUGCGCCCCGCCAGCUUCCUUCCAACCAUCAAAUGCUCCAACUGCGGAGACGAGAUCGAGAUCGCGGCCAUGAGCGAACACGCCUGCUCCGCUGCGCCGACAUCCCCCAAAGCCGCUCCUCCCAGCUGGUCCAACCCUUUCACCCUGCGCCAAAUCAAUGCGAGCGAGAACAAGCCGCUUCAACCCUCGCCGCUACAAUUCGAUGCUCCUGAGCCCGAGCCCAAGGCUGCGCCGCGGCAGUUCAGCCCAGAUGACAACAAACCGGCGCAACCUUCGCCGCUACAAUUCACUUCCGAACCCUCCGAAAUAAGACCACGGGCGCCGACCGAAGGGUCAAGCCAACUACCUUCUCUCAAUACGUCGAGGCCUGCGCUCCCGCGAAUCAACUCCGAAUUAGCGAAUCAGCCUUUCCUCGGCCGAAUGCCACCCACGCCCUUGUCGCCCUCCUCGAGCGUGCGUUCGGGGAGCAGCAGUAGCAGCAAGAAUGUCCCACCCAAGCGCGCCAUGACCACUCCCGCGCCGCGGCUGUGGGACCCACGACCGCCUAGUCCUGAGCUGUCUGCGAAUCUCGACUGCGCUUUCCCUCCCUUUCCUACUCCUGCUGUUGCCAAACGGAAGGCUUCUACAGCAAGCCAGUCAUCAGCGAGAAGCGCCGCCAGACGAGAUGUGUCCGCCGCCGAGUCAAGAAGUCCCGUUGGCAGUCAGCCAGAGGAUGCUCCAUUCAGCAAGCUGGAGCUCUCGAAGACGGGCUUAGACUCGAGAAGGCCGAGUAACGAGGAUCGAUCGCAACCCUCGACGCCCGUACUGGAGAAACGACCGAGUCCCCGGAUCGAUCCACUCUCACCUCUGGCAGAAUCCCCGGCUUCCGAGGAGCCUCCAGCGCCUGCUAUCAUCUCCCCACUUGCAUCCGCUGUCAUGCCAAUGUCUCCGACCUCAGAAAGCGGCUUUGAGGCAUUCCCAGCACCACCUCCUGCUCAGAACCGUGUUCCACCACAGAGACCUCCGCGGCCUGACGAUCCCCUGACCCCGGCGAACAUCACCUUUGCUUCGCUUUUGGGAGAGUCUCCAUCGCCCUCGAUGUCCUCAAUGUCCUCGAUGCCCAAAUCCCCCGCUGUUGAUUCACCGCCUCCACCUGCGGCCGCCCCAAAGCCUCCGGCAGCAGAGAGUGGCUUCAAGGCAUUCAAGCGUGCGCUCAGUCUGAAACGUGUCGCAUCGCGGAAGCCUGCACGGCCGGAAGAGCCCAUGCCACCCGCCACCGUCGCUGCUCAGCUGGCAAUGGCUUACGAGCCCAGCCAGAAGAAGCCUCCUCCGUCACGUCCAGCGCGGCCUGCAGAGGGAAUUCCAGAUGCACUCCUGAAUCCGCUGAGCCUCCAAACCCGCACAAUGCGUGAGCCGCUCUCGCCACGACCGUGGGCGCUACAGGAAUCAGAUCGCAGCCAGACUGUUCCAUUGUCUUCAACGACGGACUUUGAUCUGCUGACUUCGCCUACCUUGUCGAAGAUGGCGAGCGAGCCUGCCCUGCGGUUCAACGCCGAGCUCACGAGCGCCGGCCCGCCGCCAUCUCCUCCACGUAUCAACGAGAACCUUGACGACUCACGACUGGACCCCCGCAAGCAUGAUGCACCUCCUGUUCCUCCACUUGUGGACGCCCACCGAUCACUGGAGAGUUUGCACAAGUCCUACGCAUCAGGGGCCUCAACGGACUGCUCUGAAACAUCACUUGGAGAUCUCUCGUUUGGACGUAGUAACACCACUGCGGAGCAAAGUCCGGUCAUUAGCGCGGCAAGCAGUUUGGAUCUCUUCUCGCCGCUCUCAAUGGUCGUUGCGAAAGAGCAGGACGAGGAGGACGACGCUCUCCGCGUGCCAGCCCUUAACGUUACGGGUCCGAAACAGCUGAGCUUUGAAGUGGAAGAGGUACAUGACGAGACUCCUCAUGUUGAAGAGGUGGCGCCGCUUCGAACGACGCUCUGCCCGGUCUCGCCACUGGAGCCGGAGGCUGUGGCACGCGAUGAGCAGCUGGAUGACGAUGCGUUGCCCUCGCCACCGCUGCCUAGCCCUCCGGCUGUGGAUACCUGGGGAAUGGAGUCUCCUAUGGAUCCAGCUCUGAGUGAUGGCAUCUUUGGGCAGCCCGGAGAUGCCCCUUCUCCGAGCCCGGUUUCAACGCCGACUGCGCCCCUCUCGUUGACACCGGAUCCACUCGACGUUGCUGCAUCUCUCAGUCCAACUCCGGCAGAACCUGUGCGGGAGUCGUUGAUACCUGAUACGGCUGGGGAGAUCCAUUCUCCUGCUCCACUCUCACCACCACUUGUGCAGGAGUCGUUUUCAGUGGAUUUGCAGGAGGAAGCCGCUUCGCCAAACCCACUUUCAAUAUCACCUGCGGAGGUGUCGUUAGCACCAGAUUCGCCCAAGUUGGAGAGACUCUCGAGCUCCGUGUGCGAUCCGAAGCGGCCCCAUUCGACUGCUUCUACUCAGGUAGCCGUGCCUGAGGCCCAAUGUGCAGAAGCUCAACAGGCACCCCCCGACGCCAACUUCCAAGACUUCAACUUCGGCGAGUCCGUUGCAUCUGAACUCCUCCCGUCCGACUCCUCGGCAUCGUCCAGUCGCAAGGCUUCUGAGAGCGCCGGGUCCACCACAUCCGAGCCGUCACAACCUACAAUCACAUCGCCCGAAGCUCCUCCCAUCCCACAAUCCGGCGUGGAAUCCGGCCUCAUCCGCAAAGGCACGACGGGCGCCAAAGCCUCCUGUCGCGGCUGCAGACAGCGCAUCGAAGGCAAAUCCGUCAAAGCGGCCGACGGCCGCCUCACCGGCCGCUGGCACCGCGCCUGCUUCGUCUGCCACACGUGCGCCUCCCCCUUCACCACGGCGGACUUCUACGUCUUCAACAACCACCCCUACUGCGAGCAGCACUACCACGAGAUGAACGGCUCCGUGUGCCACGCCUGCCACCGCGGCAUCGAGGGCCCCUUCCUCGAGACCUCGUCCGGCCCGCCCGCCGGCCACGAGGUGCGCAAGUAUCAUCGGCGCUGCUUCACUUGCGUUGAGUGCAGGAUGGUGCUUUCCGAUGGGUACUUUGAGAUUGGCGGGAUGGUGCAUUGUGAGCGCCAUGCGCUUGCUGCUAUGCGGCAGCAGGCGGCUAGGAGGGCGCCGCCGCCGGGUACCGUGGCCCCUCGACUGAGCAGCGGACUGCGAGCGGAGAGUUUCAAGGCUGAGAGGAGGCGGACGAGGCUGAUGCAGAGUUGA